UUCCCACACGUGCCAAAGCCACGUGGAAACUGAAUUCUUCUUCUGAGUUCUAACUCCGUUCGCCACACUAUAACGCAGUCGGUUAACCCACUUCGUUUGGCCGAAACCCGCAACAAUGGCCGCGGAAACGUUUACGUAUCAGAACGGCGUCGUUUCUAACGCCGAUCAAGAUGCCAACUCCAACUCCUCAGCCACUAAAAAAUCCCGGGAGAACGAGCGCCGGCGCCGGCGCCGGAAGCAGAAGAAGAAGAACAACAAGGCCUCUAAGGAACCGACCGAAGACGGUGACGACGCGACGGAAAAUACCGAUCCGCAGCAGGUUGUUGAACAAGUUGAAAUUGAAUAUAUACCAGAGAGGGCAGAGCUAGAUGAAGAAUUCAGAAAAAUCUUUGAGAAAUUUAGUUUUGGUGAAGUUACUGGUUCAGAGGAUAAUGAUAAGAAGGAUGAGUCUGUUGAGAAUGCAACUACCAAUAAGAAAGCAGACUCGGAUUCUGAAGAGGAAGAAAAUGAUAAUGAGCAAAAAGAGAAAGGCAUCUCAAACAAGAAGAAAAAGCUUCAACGCCGGAUGAAGAUUGCAGAACUGAAACAGAUUUGCUCCAGGCCUGAUGUUGUUGAGGUGUGGGAUGCUACUGCAUCAGAUCCAAAGUUGCUAGUAUUCUUGAAAUCUUAUCGAAAUACUGUACCUGUACCUAGGCAUUGGUGUCAAAAGAGAAAAUUUUUGCAGGGUAAAAGAGGUAUAGAGAAACCACCCUUUCAGCUUCCUGAUUUCAUUGCUGCCACAGGAAUUGAGAAAAUCAGACAGGCUUAUAUUGAGAAAGAAGACAGUAAAAAGCUGAAGCAAAAGCAAAGAGAACGCAUGCAACCAAAAAUGGGGAAAAUGGAUAUUGAUUAUCAGGUUCUUCAUGAUGCAUUCUUUAAAUAUCAGACAAAGCCAAAGCUGACAUCUCUUGGGGAACUAUAUCAUGAAGGAAAAGAAUUUGAGGUAAAGUUGAGAGAGAUGAAACCUGGCAUGUUAUCACAUGAAUUAAAAGAAGCUCUUGGUAUGCCUGAGGGUGCUCCUCCACCAUGGCUUAUUAAUAUGCAGAGAUAUGGUCCUCCUCCAUCUUAUCCUCAUCUGAAGAUCCCAGGCUUGAAUGCUCCCAUUCCCCCUGGAGCUAGUUUUGGUUACCAUCCCGGUGGCUGGGGCAAGCCUCCUGUUGAUGAAUAUGGCCGUCCACUUUAUGGAGAUGUUUUUGGUGUUCAUCAACAAGAUCAGCCUAAUUAUGAGGAAGAGCCGGUUGAUAAGACCAAACACUGGGGUGAUUUGGAGGAAGAGGAGGAGGAGGAGGAAGAGGAAGAAGAGGAGGAAGAAGAAGAAGAAAUGGAGGAGGAGGAACUUGAAGCUGGUAUUCAGUCUGUUGAUAGUUUGUCUAGCACUCCCACUGGAGUGGAGACACCUGAUGUUAUUGACCUUCGUAAGCAGCAGAGGAAGGAACCUGAAAAGCCUCUUUAUCAAGUACUUGAAGAGAAGGAGGAAAAAAUUGCUCCAGGAACUUUGCUUGGAACUACACACACUUAUGUGGUUAACACUGGCACCCAGGACAAGUCAGGGGCUAAAAGGGUUGAUUUACUUAGAGGACAAAAGUCAGAUAAAGUGGAUGUCACUUUACUGCCAGAAGAGUUGGAUGCCAUGGAAAAUGUUUUACCCGCAAAGUAUGAGAAGCAAGGGAGGAAGAGAAGUUACGAAAUCAGCGUGAGGAUUUCAGUGACAUGGUGGCAGAGAAUGAGAAGAGGAAGAAGAGAAAGAUGCAAGAAAAGGAGGGCAAGUCCAAGAGGAAUAAGGAGUUUAAGUUCUAAAGGUGGUUUCGUGUCUUUUUCUUUUGCAGAAAAAAUGGGGGACCCGGAAGUUAUCCAUUCAUCAGAUUGGCAUUUUCCACCAAGGGAGGAUUGGUUGUUAGCUUUGUUGUAUGGCAUUUCUUUCACAUGUUGUUGUCUGCAAGUAGCUUUCAUUGUUUUGGUUAGGAACAUACUACUCGUAAUACGAUGAAACACCUUAUACAGCGCUGAUUCUUUAGUUGGAAACACAAUACAAUUAAUCAUUAUUAAUGUUGGUAUUCGGAAUCCGUUGUUGAGGCAGAUAUUUAGAUGAUCCCGCCUGAUAAUUCUUCUUGAAAAAUGCUACAGUUACACUCUCUAA